AUGUUCAAACAACUCCUGACUGUUGCCGCCCUGGCUCUGGCUGCCUCAGGCCUUCCCACUCCUUCCUGGUCGCCCAUUUCCCUCGAGGCCACUUCGACCUCGACCUCGACCACUUCCACCGUCUCCACCGCUGCCAGCGCCUCUUCUUCUUCUUCUUCUUCGUCGUCGUCGUCAGGCGUCAGCAUUGUGAACAACCUCAAUUCAACCGUGUACCUGUGGUCCGUCUCGUCGAGCAGCAGCGCCAUGCACACCCUCUCCGCCGAGGGAGGCAGCUAUUCGGAAACAUGGCAGAUCAACUCGGACGGCGGCGGCAUCUCGAUCAAGAUGGCGACCUCGAGCAGCGAGGAGAGCGUGCUGCAGUUCGAAUACACCGAGGAAGGGUCCACGCUGUACUGGGACUUGUCGUGCAUCAACCUCGACGCCGACUCGGCGUUCAUCGCCUCCGGCUUCAGCGUCAGCAUCUCCGACUCCUCCUGCUCGACGGCUUCCUGCGCCGCGGGCGAUGCCGACUGUGCAGACGCGUACCAGCAGUCCGAUGAUGUCGAUACCUAUUCCUGCUCCUCCGACGCCACCUAUACUCUUACUUUAGGAUAG